ACCCGCCCCUCUUCACCUUGGGAUUCGCCUCGCCGCUCUCUCCGGCCUCGCGCGCCAAGGACUCGUUGCGCAUCCUGCACGAGACGGGCGAGUGCGUCAUCAAUCUGAUGUCCACCCCGUUCCUCGAGGCGGCUAAUUCGUGCAGCACCAAUGCCCCCUUGGGCGUGUCGGAGUGGGUGAUUAGUGGGUUGACGCCCGUGUAUGAUACGCAGACGGUGAAGGCUCCGAGAGCAAAGGAGGCUGUGUUUGCGGUGGAGUGCAAGUUGGUGCAUGUCAAGGAGUUUGAGUCCCGCUCGAAGCCGGGGGAGACGGGGUCGACGCUGGUGGUUGUCGAGGGGACCAAGUUUUGGAUUAAAGAGGGGGCGGUGAAUGAGGAGUUGAAUCAGAUGGAUUUGGAUGUGUAUAAGCCUGUGUCGAGGUUGGGAGGGAUUACGUAUGGGUUGGUUAGGGAGGGCCUGGAGAUUCCGAGACCGGACUUUGAGAAGGAUAUUGGGGGUAUGGAGGGGUAUGAGAAGCUUAAGAAGGCGAGGGAGGAGAGGAAGAAGGAGAAGGAGUAAUGGGGCUGGUUUUGCGGGUCUUUGAUGAGAUUUUCAAGUCCUAUAGAGAGCGAGAGAAUCUGUGAUAGAUGAUAGAAUAGAAUAGCGAGAUCGGCAAGUGGAUAUCAAGCAACGGAUGACGGACGCAUUGUUUUCAGCUUACAUCGACCAGGAGACCCUGAGAGGAAACGGAGAAGAAGGUGCAGUAUACAGCAAGAAGCGUUGGAGGUCUGAUACAUAUUGAUACGACUUGCGACGCAUGAACAAUAGGUCAGGUAAGAUGAUCGGUAGAAUACUUGGUGAGCUUUUGCCUC